GCAUGAUGCGUGCUGAGCAAACGCUUGUGAGGGUGUCAGAGGGAGAGACAAACUGAGGACAGAGAAGUAGAUACUGAGUGACUCAGUCAGUCAGUAAGAGAAAGAGGGGGGACAGGAAACAGACCUGGAAGACAAAUAGUGAAAUACACUCACAUUGUGACACACAGACGGACAGAAGGAGCUCAACUCAAGCGUCAGUUCUGCUCCUGAGAAGAAGCCUGGUGGUUUGUGGUCAGGACCUUGUGAGAGGUUGAAAGCUAAUGACAACUUUGCUGCUUUGGAUCUGAAGAGGACAAAAACACAGGACUGAGUUUUGACAAAAAGAACGGAUUUUGCCAUGAGGGCAUCCCUCUAGCUGACCUGAAUUUGGAUAUACCGUCAUUCCUUUUGUGGACUCAGCGGCUCGUGGUGGUUGAGGACUUCUUGAGCAAAAAGGAAACAGAUUUGUGUGACUGAUUUGUCUGAGUACGUAAAGCUCAACCGGCAACUUGUGGGGUGCAGUCUGGUGGAGAGGCAAGGCAGGGGGAGGGGAGGACACUCCGGCCUGAAUCUCUGUUCUCUUGGAGGGAGUCUUUUCAACAUGAGGUAACCCCCAAAAUAACUACAUCAAGACAGUGGAGUGACUCAAGUUAACCAUGUGCCCCAUUCCUCUCAUAUGUGGACAGCUGUGCAGGAAAGCAACAUUUGUGCCAAUGGCCUGAAUUAUCAGAUGACAGUGUCUUUCAAUGUAUCAUGGUUUAGGACUGUUCUGUGAUUUACUCUCCAUACAUGGUGAAUUCAUUGUGCAGGACAGCCCUUUCAUAAUAGAUAGUACAUAACAGACAGCCCUCAGCCCUCCACUCUUUGUCUCUCAGAAUGGACAACAAUACCCCCCUGACUGAAAAUUUCACCCCACAAGCAGACAGCUCUACCUGCAACAAGAACGAUGGGUUCAAAUACCCAUUGUACAGUACUAUAUUUAGCAUUGUGUUUGUGGUGGGACUGAUCACGAAUGUUGUAGCUAUUUACAUUUUCACAUGCUCUCUGAAGCUGAGGAAUGAGACCACAACCUACAUGAUAAACUUGGUAGUGUCUGACCUGCUAUUUGUCUUUACACUGCCUCUGAGGGUCUUCUACUUCAUCAACCAGAACUGGCCUUUUGGAAGCAUGCUCUGCAAGUUCUCCGUCUCGCUGUUCUACACCAACAUGUAUGGUAGCAUGCUCUUUCUCACCUGCAUUAGCGUGGAUCGCUUUUUAGCCAUUGUGCACCCUUUCCGCUCAAGGGCGCUUAGGACCAAGCGCAAUGCUAAGAUAGUGUGUAUUGCUGUGUGGGUGCUGGUGCUGUCAGGGAGUCUCCCCACAGGGUUCAUGUUGGAGCCCACCUCACGUGAGAACAGCAAGGCUAACUCCACAUUCUGCUUUGAGAACUUCUCUUCCAAUCAGUGGAAAUCCCACCUUUCUAAGGUGGUAAUCUUCAUAGAGACAGUGGGCUUCAUCAUCCCGCUUCUGCUCAAUGUAUGUUGCUCCAUCAUGGUGCUGCAGACCCUGCGUCGCCCCCAAACCAUCAGUCGUGGGGGGAAGCUGAACAAAACAAAGAUCCUGCGCAUGAUAAUUGUUCACCUCUUUAUUUUUUGUUUUUGCUUCAUCCCCUACAAUGUAAACUUGGUUUUCUACGCUCUGGUCCGCACUAAAACUUUAAAAGGCUGCUUUGCAGAGUCGGUGGUCCGAAUGAUCUACCCAAUAGCCCUCUGCAUAGCUGUGUCCAACUGCUGCUUUGAUCCCAUUGUUUACUACUUCACCUCAGAGACCAUCCAGAACUCCAUCAAGAGGAAGUCUCAGGUCAGCCGUUCGUAUGACAUCAAGUUCUCCGAGGCCCUGCAGUCAGAAACCAGCUCCAACCUGCAGUGCAGCCUGAGGAAUCUCAAAGCUAAAGUCUUCCACAAUGAGUCUUCUGUGUGAAGGUGGGGUUGCUACACUUGGCAUGAAAGGUAUUAAAAUCCAUCUUUAGAAAAACAAACCUCCUUGAUGCAAUGGGAAUGGAUUUUUUGCUGUGCACUUGCCAAAGAAGUAUUAUCUGAUCUCAGGACAAAUGUUUGGAUCUGCCAUAGACAGCCUCUGCUCUGCAGUAUUGCUGCACAUAACGCUUUGUUCUUCUGUGGAUUUGUUAUUAGUACUUACUAAUUUCUCUUUCCUGUGGAAUAUACUGUAAUUGCAUUAAGCACAAUUACUCUGCCAGUGACCUGGAAGGGAAUGUGAUCACCGAACAGCAGGGCAGUUAUAAUAUUGAAAGCUACAUGUGCCUGUAUAUCUGUACAUUUCUGUGGUAAGUUGUGGUGCUAACGUUAGUAUCUAUUAAAUUAACAUAAAGUUAUAUCAAACUGUAGCUUGUACAGGGCUUUGUUUUGUUUGUUUAAAUUGUGAAUUACAAAUAGGUCAUAGAAGUGCCUUUUUUGCUCUGGCAGCAUUUCAUUGUAGACUUUUUGUUUUUAUAGACCAUUAAAUGCACUGACACAAAAGUUCACAAACUGCACUCAUGCCACAGUAAUGAAUAAAAUACAUGUACUGUCUAAAUUAAUCAAUUGCACCUGAAACCUUUUGAUUUACUUAUUUAUUAUUAUUGUUUUUUUAAGAUAAGAAAACCUUUAUUUUUUACUUUUUUAACUCUCACUUAUCUAUCUCUGCUCUUGUCUUUGCUGUUGCAAACCGCAAUUUCCCCACUGUGGGACAAAUAAAGGUUUUCUUAUCUUAUCUUGUUCAUUUUUAAAUGAAGAAACUGCUAUAUUUUAAAUGAUGAACUUAAAUCAUGAAAUAGUGGACCAAACCUCAAAAUGAGACUACUCAUGAGACAUCUUGACUUCCCACCAUUUAACUGCUAAACAUCUCCUCUUUAACGUUUGUCCUGAAUGCAAAUGAGAAGGUAAAGAAGUCGAAGUGGAAAGUCUGAUGGUCUAAUGGACAAAAAAGACUUAUCUUGUAUGUAACUGUGGUGAAACAACCACCAAGUCAAGAAUAGCAUACUUCUGCUAUACCAGUUGGUACUGAAAAAGAAAGUGUAGUGUAUUUUAUGUUCAGCCUAACCUAUAGGAAUUCCAUUUUAUCAUCCAUUAAAAUGUUGUUUUCCUCCAUAGGACAGUGUUUAAUAUCUAUCACUAACAACGCUGAUCCUUUGCACCAGAAUAGUCAGUUCUGUGGCGCAGUAAAUCAGGAUGCCCGUGAUCAACAAAAGAAUACAGUUCUAACAGUCAUGUGGCAUAAUUUUUUUUUAAAUGUUCACAAGUCAAAUUUAAAUUAAAAAAAAAUAAAUUAAGUAAGUCCCUUUUGCAGUUUACUAAAAAAACAGAUGUGUGAAAUAUUUCUCCUGCUGUGGAAAAAUUUAAAGUGAUAUCAGAAAGGAGUCAACACAGCGUGAGAGUGAAUAACAGAAAGCACAUGGUGCUCUUAAUUUAUUGACAUAGCCUGAAGGUCAGUCAGCGGCACGUUAUUCAUAACCCACCUGUAACUCUGUUUUGAGGCCAUGUGAGUGAGUCGAGGACAUGGUUAAAGACCAGGGCUGCUAUGACAACAAACAAGUAUAAUUUAACACUGAGGCAUAAAAGCUGCGGCUUGGCCACAUGCUCAUUGAGCAUCACAAAACUAAAACUUGUUCAGGACUGCCGACAUCUCGAUGACUCAUUUCAAGAGGACAUCAUAGACUAAUCACUAUGUUUGUGUAUUCAGCACAUACAGCCAUUAACUGACCACCAGGUGUUCGUAACUGUUGUCAUCUGGGUUAAAGGUCAUGGCAGUGACAGAGAGGGGGAAAUAAAAUAAGUCACAGUUUAAAUGCAGUAAAGAUAUGUAAAUACAUUGAUUAAAUAAACUUUUAACUGUAAUUUUGCACCAAGAGUGAAUAAAUAAAGGAAAUAAA